AUGGGACUAUAUAACCCCCUUCCUGCUGUAGGAACACCCAUUAAGGAUCAGGAAGAUUCCUUGUAUGGUUUGAGAAAGUUGAGACUGUUACCUGUUGACAUGAGGGUCAAAACGACCAGGAACAGACACUGCUUUCUCCAAGGACUUGGUUUUUUCCUCUUCAGUGUCCUAGCGAGUGCUCAAGACAGCAGACAGCUCCGCCUGGUGAACGGGGACAGUCGCUGUGCCGGCAGAGUGGAAAUCCUUCACCAGGGUUCCUGGGGCACCAUCUGUGAUGACAGGUGGGACCUGAACGAUGCCCAGGUGGUGUGCAGACAGCUGGGCUGCGGGGAAGCCCUCGAUGCCACAGUUGCUGCUCACUUCGGAGAAGGAUCAGGCCAGAUCUGGCUGGAUGAGGUGAACUGCACAGGAAAGGAGUCCCACCUAUGGAAUUGCUCUUCCCGGGGCUGGGGAAAGCACAACUGCUGGCACAAGGAGGACGCAGGGGUCAUCUGCUCAGGAUUUGUGCGUCUGGCUGGAGGGGGUGGCCCCUGCUCAGGGCGAGUAGAAGUGCACUCUGGAAAUAAAUGGACUCCAGUGUCUGAUGCAAACUUUACAUGGCCCACUGCCCAGGUCAUCUGUGCAGAACUAGGUUGUGGCAAAGCAGCGUCUGUCCUGGUGGAUGUGCCUUUCAGAGAGUCAGGUGGACCGACAUGGGCUGAAGAGUUCCAGUGUGAGGGGCAGGAGCCUGUACUCCAGCUCUGCCCCAGAGUGCCCUGUCCAGGAGGUGCUUGCCAGCACAGUGGGGCUGUUCAAGUUGUCUGUUCAGCAUACACAGAAGUGCGGCUCAUGAAAAAUGGCACCUCUCAGUGUGAAGGACAAGUGGAGAUGAAUAUUUCUGGAGAAUGGAGAAUGCUCUGUGCCUCUCACUGGAACAUGGCCAAUGCCAAUGUUGUCUGUCGUCAGCUCAGCUGUGGAGUUGCCAUCUCUACCCCAAAAGGAGCCUACUUUGUGGGAGGAGGUGGUCAGAUCUGGAAAGCCCAAUUUCACUGCUCAGGGACUGAGUCCUUCCUGUGGAAUUGCCCUGUGACUGCCCUGGGCAUUCCUGACUGUACCCCUGGGAACACAGCCUCAGUGAUCUGUUCAGGAAAUCAGACCCAGGUGCUGCCCCAGUGCAACUCCUUCUCUGAACCAGCAGGCUCUGCACCCUCAGAGGACAGCGCUGCCAACUGCUCAGGCAGUGCACAGGUCCGCCUCAUGGAGGGGGGCAGUCGCUGUGCUGGCAGGGUGGAGAUCCUUCACCAGGGCUCCUGGGGCACCAUCUGUGAUGACAGCUGGGACCUGAACGAUGCCCAGGUGGUGUGCAGACAGCUGGGCUGUGGGGAAGCCCUCAAUGCCACAGUCUCUGCUCACUUUGGGCCAGGAUCAGGGCAGAUCUGGCUGGAUGAAGUGAACUGCACAGGAAGGGAGUCCCACCUGUGGAAGUGCCCUUCCCGGGGCUGGGGACAGCACAACUGCCGGCACAAGGAGGAUGCAGGGGUCAUCUGCUCAGAGUUCCUGGCCCUGAGGAUGGUGAGCGAGGACCAGGAGUGCGCCGGGUGGCUGGAAGUUUUCUACAAUGGGACCUGGGGCAGUGUCGCCACAGCCCCCAUGGAAGUCAUGACCUUGUCCAUAAUCUGCAGACACCUUGGCUGUGGGGACAGUGGGGACCUUGACAUUUCUGUUUAUUAUAGGGAAGGUUCUAGACCCCGGUGGGUGGAUGGAAUCCAGUGUCGGAACACUGAUAUGUCUCUCUGGCAGUGCCCUUCUGACCCUUGGAAAUACAGUUCAUGCAGUCCAAAGGAGGAAGCUUACAUCACAUGUGCAG